AAUUCCUACCCCUAUAUAUAGUAUCUAAUACCUAAAAUAAACCUACACACCCUAGACACCAAAAAACAUUAGAUCCGCCGUUCCAUCUUCUAGACUACAAAAACCUAAAGCUUCAGCACCAAGAAAAGAAACGAAACGAAGAACACAAAAAGAAAAGGACGUCAGUCCUUUGAAUUCAAAAAGAAAAGGAAAAAAAAGCACACAAAAAUACACAAAAAUAACGCACCCAGGGACACUGAAAAGGAUUUGAGCGCUGUUACCCCAAGGAUCACGCCUUCUUCUUCUUCAUGAAGAAUGCCUAAGACCUGAAAAAAAACACAAAAAUGGGGAACUGAUCCGCCGUUUGGACCCGUCGAGAACACCCCUCCCCCCCCUCUCCGUUCUGCUUCUUCUUCUUCAACCAAACAACACUGAUCUCCGCCCGAACUCACCUCUGAAUUUCUGUCCAACCACCUUCAAAAUACUAUUGUUUCAGUCCAAAAUCUAGCUCAAAAAUAGCUGAAAAUAACUUCAAAAUCAGGUGGAGUUCAUCUCCGUCGUUUUGGUUUAGUUCAAGUUUUCCGGUGAGCUUCGAGUCGUCGAAAGUUGCUGUCCGAUUCUCCGUUCAGUUGCACGUCGAGGUACUGUUGUUGUCGCCGGUGAGUUUCCGUUUAAUGGUUCCGGCUCCGGUCAGAAAUUCACUCUUGUUUGAAUUUUGAAAGAAGCAGUCAAGUAAUAGCAAAGUAAGUUGAGGUGGUCGGUUUGUGGUAAGCAGACAACACAAGAUCCAAGGAAAAAAUGUCAAUGACAACCGACAUCGAAGCUGUUACAAAUGCUCAAGAGGCUCCGGGUCAGAGGGUUCAACAAGAGUCUACUGUGUUUGAGAAAAAUAGAAUACUGAGGCAGCAAAUGACCGAAAUGUUUCAAGCAUGGGCCAGUGGUCAAGGACAGCCUCGUCAUGAGUCACAAUUUGCUACACAGCAAGAGCAGUACCACUCUCCUGAGUACCACUCGUACUCGUUUGAUCUUCCUGCAAACAUUGAGAAGCCUGCCCGAAAGAUGACACAGGAAGAAAUGACCCAAAGAGUAAAAAGCUUAGAACGAUGGUUGAAAAAACAUGCAAGGGUUGGCAGGUCAGGAGAGUAUUGCCUUCAAGGAUCUAUAUAUGUUCCUCGAUGUCCAUUUGCCGCCUGGUUUCAAGAAUCCCAGAUUUAAAAGUGUGAUGGACAUGGAGUAUGAGAAUCCUCUUGGGAACUUGCCGACUGAAAUUGGAGAAGGCCAUGGUGAUUCUGAUGAGCAAA